AUGGCGGCCAGACAGAUCCCGGCGUGGGCACGCGCCGCGCUCAGGAUGCAACCGCAAGCAGCUCUGGCUGGCCAGCUAAACUACACGGAUCCAGCCACUGGCUAUCUGGUGCUUACACGGCUUGCCCACUUGCAGAGAGGCAAAUGCUGCGGGUCUGCUUGCAGACACUUUGUUUUAUUUCUUCUGCAGUGUCCAUAUGGUCAAGUCAAUGUUAAGGAUCCAUUGAAAAGGAAGAAAUUCAAUUCAUAUUUUUAUGUUUGA